UCCACACAGCUGAACCUGUUGCCUUUCCGUCCGUUAGCAGGAAUAAACGCGGCUGUUUCCACUCUACGAUGUGUUGAGCUUUACUGGAGGUUUAUUUCGGAUUUAAUUCGUCGAACUGACAGGUUUUUGGACGAGUUGAAGCAGAAUUAUUCGCUGUUCGGGUGUGUUUUGUGACCAGCAUCCGCCCUUCGGUUUACCUGUAACGGUAACGGUCAGUUUCUCUCAGCAUCUGUGGAGCGUCUGAAAACUGGAAUAAACUGGAAUAAACUCGAUUAAACUCGAUUAAUAAGGAAUAAUCUGGAAUAAACGAUUAAACCUCUUGGGUAUCAGUGGUUCUCCAGUGGACUUGGAUGAAGGAACCAUAGGUACAAGAGUAAAGCAGGAGAUGGGAAGUUUAUACUGGUGAUGCGUUACUUUGCAAGGACUUCAGUGAACGUCUCCAUGUUCAACACUUAGAUACGUUUAAAAAAUGAUGGAUAUUUCUGGUUAUGGAUUGAAAUUACAAAGUGUGGAAAUGCAGCCCUGAUGAACGUGACUCACUUCUGAUGGGAUUUCCAUUUUCUCUGUGGGGGUCCUUCCUGCUUACACUUCCGAGCUGAGCGGGUCUUCAUGGCCGACGGGCAUUCGGGGGCCGCAUGCUUCCAGCUAAAGAUGGCGACCUUCAGCUCGAGCCCCACCGAGACGCCGUGAUGACCAAUUUGAAGAAGAUGGAUCUGAUCAUCCCGUACCCAGGCGACGUGCCGUGCGACAGCAAUGGUCAGCGCAUGUGGUGGGCCUUCCUCGCCUCGUCUAUGGUCACCUUCUUCGGCGGCCUGUUUAUCAUCCUCUUUUGGAGGACGGCCCGGUAUCUGUGGACCGUCUGCUGCCACUGUAACACCAAAAAGAAGAAUGUACAGCGGGUCAGCAGUGGGGAGAAGAAGGACAGCGCGGUGGUCAGCGAGGUGGGCUGGAUGACGUCGGUGAAGGACUGGGCCGGGGUCAUGAUCUCCGCGCAGACGCUUACUGGACGUGUACUGGUGGUGCUGGUGUUUGCCCUCAGUAUCGGAGCGCUCGUCAUUUACUUCAUCGACUCUUCAGCUCCGAUCGAGUCGUGUCCACACUUCGAUCAAGAUUUCACUCUGCAGAUUGACAUGGCUUUCAACAUCUUCUUCCUGCUCUACUUUGGCCUGCGGUUCAUAGCAGCGAACGAUAAGCUGUGGUUCUGGUUGGAGGUGAACUCGGUGGUGGACUUCUUCACCGUACCUCCAGUGUUCGUAUCGGUCUAUCUGAACAGGAGCUGGCUCGGUUUGAGGUUCUUACGAGCUUUACGGUUGAUCCAGUUCUCAGAAAUACUACAGUUUUUGAAUAUUUUAAAGACUAGCAAUUCCAUAAAGCUGGUGAACUUGUGCUCAAUCUUUAUUAGCACAUGGCUGACUGCUGCAGGCUUUAUUCACUUGGUGGAAAACUCAGGAGAUCCGUGGGAAAACUUCCAAAAUUUCCAGCAGCUCUCGUACUGGGAGUGCGUGUAUUUACUCAUGGUAACCAUGUCCACCGUGGGCUACGGAGACGUCUGCGCUAAGACUGCGCUCGGACGCCUUUUCAUGGUCUUCUUCAUCCUGGGCGGAUUGGCCAUGUUUGCCAGCUACGUCCCCGAAAUCAUAGAAUUGAUAGGCAACCGUAAGAAAUACGGCGGUUCCUAUAGCGCCGUAAACGGGAGAAAGCACAUUGUGGUGUGCGGUCACAUCACUCUGGAAAGUGUGUCCAACUUCCUCAAAGACUUCCUUCACAAGGACAGGGACGAUGUCAAUGUAGAAAUUGUUUUUCUUCAUAAUAUUUCCCCUAAUCUUGAGCUGGAAGCCUUAUUCAAGCGGCACUUCACUCAGGUAGAGUUUUACCAGGGCUCCGUCCUAAACCCUCACGAUCUAGCACGAGUCAAGAUUGAAUCAGCAGAUGCCUGCUUGAUUUUAGCCAAUAAAUACUGUGCAGAUCCCGACGCAGAGGAUGCAUCCAAUAUCAUGAGAGUGAUAUCAAUCAAGAACUACCACCCAAGGAUCCGCAUCAUCACCCAGAUGCUGCAGUAUCACAAUAAGGCUCAUCUGUUGAACAUCCCGAGCUGGAACUGGAAGGAAGGAGACGAUGCCAUCUGCCUGGCAGAACUGAAGCUGGGAUUUAUCGCUCAGAGCUGUUUAGCACAGGGUCUGUCCACCAUGCUGGCCAACCUCUUCUCCAUGAGGUCGUACAUCAAGAUUGAAGAGGACACAUGGCAGAAGUAUUAUCUGGAAGGAGUAGCUAAUGAAAUGUACACCGAGUACCUGUCCAGUGCCUUUGUGGGAUUAUCCUUCCCUGCGGUUUGUGAGUUGUGCUAUGUGAAGCUGAAGCUGCUCUUGAUAGCUAUCGAGCAUAAAUCAGACCAGCGAGAGAGCAGUACACUGAUUAACCCGGGCAAUCAUGUGAAGAUGCAGGAGGGAACACUGGGCUUCUUCAUUGCCAGCGAUGCCAAAGAAGUGAAGAGGGCCCUGUAUUACUGCAAAGCAUGCCACGAUGACAUCACUGACCCAAAAAGGAUAAAGAAGUGUGGAUGCAAGCGAGCUAAAAAUAACUAUAACGGAUAUAUCAAAUCAACAAUGGAUGCGCCAGUGAUCCAGCAAACCACUUUGUCACCGAAGAAGAAACAACGUAAUGGAGGAAUGAGAACCUCGCCUAACUGCUCACCGAAAAGCAACAGGCAUGACUCUGUGCUUAUACCCAGGCACGAUCAGAUGGAGACGAUGGACGACAGCGUAAAGCGAUACGACUCCACAGGAAUGUUCCACUGGUGUCCAUCCAAAGACAUUGAGAAAGUGGUACUGACUCGUAGCGAGGCAGCCAUGACGGUUCUGAGUGGUCAUGUGGUGGUGUGCAUAUUCGGCGAUGUGAAGUCCGCCGUGGUGGGUCUGAGGAACCUGGUGAUGCCUCUGAGAGCGAGUAACUUCCACUACCACGAACUCAAACACAUCGUGUUUGUGGGAUCACUGGAAUACCUGAAGAGGGAGUGGGAGACCUUACACAACUUCCCCAAGGUUUCCAUCCUGCCCGGCUCUCCUCUGAGCAGAGCAGAUCUGAGGGCCGUUAACAUCAACCUGUGCGACAUGUGUGUGAUCCUGUCGGCCAAUCAGAACAACAUCGACGAUGUGUCGCUGCAGGACAAAGAGUGCAUCCUCGCCUCGCUCAACAUCAAAUCCAUGCAGUUCGACGACAGCAUUGGUCUCCUGCAGGCCAACUCACAGGGCUUUACUCCUCCUGGUAUGGACCGCUUGUCCCCUGAUAACAGUCCUGUUCAUGGCCAUGAAACCUCCAUCAGCACAGGAGCCAACAUCCCCAUCAUCACAGAGCUUGCUAAAUCAGACAGGCUGCUGAAUGCAGUGUGUGUGAGACAAGACAAGAGCAGUGGAACCAACAUCCCAAUGAUCACUGAACUCGUGAACGACUCGAACGUUCAGUUUCUGGAUCAGGAUGAUGAUGAUGAUCCGGACACCGAGCUCUACCUCACUCAGCCCUUCGCCUGUGGAACAGCCUUCGCCGUCAGUGUGCUCGACUCACUAAUGAGUGCUACGUACUUUAACGAUAACAUACUGACGUUAAUAAGGACGUUGGUGACGGGUGGCGCCACUCCGGAGUUGGAGGGUCUGUUGGCGGAGGAGAACGCACUGCGUGGUGGAUACAGUGAUACACACACACUUGCCAACAGAGACCGGUGUCGCGUGGCACAGCUCGCCCUGUACGACGGACCAUUUGCCCAGCUCGGGGAAGGUGGAUGUUACGGCGAUUUAUUCUGUAAGGCGUUAAAAACCUACAACAUGCUGUGUUUCGGUAUUUACCGCUUACGAGACGCUCACCUGAGCGCUUCCAGUCAGUGCACCAAACGCUACGUGAUCACCAACCCGCCGUACGAGUUCGAGCUGGUUCCCACAGACCUGAUCUUCUGUCUGAUGCAGUUCGAUCACAACGCGGCGCAGUGUCGCUCCACCCUCUCUCACUCCUCGCACUCGUCCAGUAAGAAAAGCUCAUCCGUCCACUCCAUCAGCACCAAACACGGCAAGAGCCGAGAGCCGCGGGACAAGCCCAAACUGGAGAGUCGCGCACUGCUGUCCGUGAAUCAAACGUCUCUAGUGCAGCUGCCUCUAAAGGAAUGACUUCGACUGCACUGUGUGGGCGCCCAGCCGGUGGCUAGCACAGCCAACGUUUUCAAGAAGCUCAGUUCAUCCCAUUUUUUUAAAUGAGUGGAAUUUAUAUUAUGAACUGUAUUAUAAAUUAUUAAUUGAUAUUAUUAUGGAACUGUUUAACAGUGUUUAACAGUGUUCUGUUCUGCUGGAGGAGCCCAUAAACAGUUUGGGUUAAUACAGAACAGAUUAUGUUUAUGAGAAUGUAAUAAUGAGGUAAAACACUCUAUAUACAGUAAAUAUAUGGACAGUAAUCCUAAUAAAACACUGUUCAGGUUUA